UAUGCGCACGCACGCGUGCUACGUAGUACAUAUCCGAUCCAACACCGGCCGGCUUGUCGCACACAUCGUAAACAUUUGCCAUAUGCUGAAAAAAACAUCAAUUUCCUGCCAAAGUCUUCAACUAAUUCAGAGCAUACAAGUAGAUCGGACUUAAGUAAUACAAUCUCAUCAACGUUACACGCCAGCCAUGAUGAACGGACUUGAUUCUAACGGGGAAAAUUCGACUGGGACGAAGACCACGUUCCCCGGGUUUGCCACGGCCGCGAUCCACGCCGGCCAGGACCCGGAGCAAUGGGCCUCGCACGCCGUCACCCCGCUGAUUUGUAUGUCGACGACAUUCAAGCAGUCUGCACCAGGAGAAUUGAAAGCGGGAUUUGAAUACAGUCGAGGUGGCAACCCUACCAGAAAAGCCCUGGAAGAGUGCAUCGCAGCAAUAGAUGGUGGCAAAUAUGGGUUGGCGUUCGGUUCUGGUCUUGCGGCGACGACCGCCAUCUGCCAGAUGCUUAAGACUGGUGACAGUCUGGUGUGCAUGGACGACCUGUACGGUGGCACCAACCGAUUCUUCAACCGCAUUCUGAUCAAUGGCGGGGUGAAAAUCAAAAUGGUGGAUGCUUGCAAUAUGGCAUUGGUAGAGGCUGCAAUUGAUUCUAGCACAAAGAUGAUCUGGAUCGAGACACCAACCAAUCCAACCCUGAAGCUGGUCGACAUCGAGGCAAUUUGCAAUGUAGCACAUCGUCAUGACAUCAUCGUGGUGGUGGACAACACCUUUGCUUCGUCUUACUUCCAGCGCCCCCUAGAUUUUGGAGCGGACAUCGUGCUUCACUCUGCGACCAAGUAUGCCAACGGACACAGUGAUGUCGUCAUGGGGCUCAUCAGCAUGAAACGCGACGAUCUGAGGGACAGGUUGCACUUCUUACAGUACGCUUCUGGAGGCAUCCCGUCCCCCUUCGACUGUUUCCUGGUGAACCGUGGCCUCAAGACGUUGCAUGUGCGCAUGCGGCAGCACGAGAAGAAUGCGUUUGCUGUCGCCACGGCACUGGAGGCCAACCCACGGGUAACAAGGGUCACUUACCCAGGUCUGAAGUCCCAUCCCCAGCACGAGCUUGCCAAGAAGCAGAUGAGAGGCUUUAGUGGAAUGGUGACGUUCAGGAUCAAGGGGGAACUGGCUCAGGCUCAGGACUUCUUCAAAUACAUCAAGGUCUUCACCCUGGCCGAGAGUCUUGGAGGGUUCGAAAGCCUGGCUGAGCUGCCGGCGAUAAUGACACAUGCAUCUGUACCACCAGAACAGCGUAAGGAACUUGGCAUUGAUGAUACACUGAUUCGACUCUCCGUGGGUAUCGAAGACGCGGAAGACCUGGUCAAUGAUCUGACCCAAGCUCUGGAGAAGGCUGUUCCUGCAUCUAUGCUGUAAAAUGGGGACAUCCAGCAGUGACGACUUUGAGAAUCAGCAUUUGCCAACAUGGCGCUUUGCAUCAGUGUAACAUGUUUUUAAAUUGUCAAUAAGUAUGACGACACAUUUUCUGUAAUUAUUGCAGUGGAUUUUACAGACAUCGGAAUGACCAAGUACAUAAAACAAUUGCAAAAUAUUUUUUUAACCCUACAUGUGGUUUACACUAAGAGGAUAAAUGUGAAUUUUCCAUUGCAAAUUUAUUGAAUUCUGUCCGUUCUUAAUAGGGGGCUGGGUAUUAUCUAAAGGUAAUGAACAUACACCAUUUACAAACAUUCAAAAAUGAAACUGUCAAAAUAUUUUGAAAUAUCCUACUUGAUUGUAAGUGAAUAAUAGGAUCAAGCAUUCUGUGAAAUCGUUGCCCCUAGAAUGCUGUCUUUUAUUUUUAG